AUGCUUUCUUGGCUACGUGAUAAAACAACAACAACAGCUGAUGAUAGUAUUGCGAGUAAUCAGUCAUAUACUGUUUCUCAAUCUCUACCGCAAACAGCAUCGUCCACUUCUCAUCAAAAACAACAUUCGAACGUACCUAUUAAUCGAUCCAUUGUAUUUUGUCUAAAAAUACGAACGAGAACAAAUAAUGAGAAGAAAAAAAGACCAUAUAAAAUGGCUGCUGCAUCAAUGCAACUAGUGGCUACCAAAUGUCCAACAGACGAGCUUACAUUCACGAACUGUGCUAUAAUUAAUGAAAAAGAUAUAGAUACAAAACGUGUCAGACAUAUUGAAUUAUCAUCGAAUGUAACAACUACAAAAUAUAUAUUUACAAUAGAAAAAUAUGGACCGAUGCCACAAGGCAAAAUUGGUUUCAAUACUCUACAGCGCCGAUGGGCUGGCAUUGAACUUGAUCGACCAUAUCAAAUUCGGCCAUAUGCUUUUGAUAAAAAUGUUCAAUCUAUUUCAACAGUAGUACUUGAAGUGGAUUUUUUGAAUAAGAAAAAUGUAACAACUGACCCAUAUGAUACAGAUAAAAUGGCAACAGAAUUUUUACAGCAAUACGCCGAUCAUGCUUUUUCAGUCGGACAAUGUUUACCAUUUCAAUUUAUGGAUAAAAAAACUUUAACAUUAGCUGUCAAAGAAAUUGAAGCUUCUGAUCUAUCUGCGAUCGCUCGUGGUCAAAGUUCUAAGGCACGUAAAAUAUCACUUGGUGUUACACUUCCAAAUACAAUGGUUGUAUUUGAACGUGGAGAAGGCUCAUCAAUCAAUUUAGUUGGAAGAUCAAAAGGAAAAUCUCAAUUUGUUUCAAUUAUUAAUCCAGAUUUUGAUUUUAAAACGAUGGGAAUUGGUGGUCUUGAUGCAGAAUUUAAUGCAAUAUUUCGACGUGCUUUUGCUUCACGUGUUUUUCCACCUGAAGUUGUUUAUCAAUUAGGAAUGAAACAUUGUCGUGGUAUUUUAUUAUACGGUCCACCUGGUACCGGAAAAACAUUAAUGGCUCGACAAAUUGGUAAAAUGUUAAAUGCUCGUGAACCAAAAAUAGUCAAUGGGCCACAAAUUCUGGACAAAUAUGUUGGAGAAUCAGAAGCAAAUGUUCGAAGAUUAUUUGCUGAAGCCGAUGAAGAAGAAAAACGACUUGGACCUAAUAGUGGUUUACAUAUAAUUAUAUUCGAUGAAAUUGAUGCAAUCUGUAAAUCUCGUGGCUCUGUGGCAAGUGGUGCUGGUGUUCACGAUACAGUUGUCAAUCAGUUAUUAUCGAAAAUCGAUGGGGUCGACCAAUUAAAUAAUAUUCUUGUUAUUGGUAUGACAAAUCGUCGUGAUAUGAUUGAUGAAGCUCUUUUACGACCUGGUCGACUUGAAGUACAAAUUGAAAUCGGUUUGCCAGAUCAAGCUGGCCGAUUACAAAUAUUAAACAUUCAUACAGGACGCUUACGUGAAAAUGGGAAAUUAAGUUCUGAUGUUGACUUAAAAGAAUUCAGUGAAUUAACAAGAAAUUUCAGUGGAGCAGAAAUUGAAGGUUUAGUUCGAGCAGCAAUGUCUUUUGCUAUGAAUCGACAUAUUAAAGCAGGCAAACAUGUUGAAAUUGAUCCAAACGCAGCAGAUAAAUUAUUAAUUUGCCGAGCUGAUUUUAUGCAUGCUCUUGAAAAUGAUAUUAAACCGGCUUUUGGCGUCAGUAAAGACGAAUUCGAUUCAUAUAUUUCAAAUGGUAUUAUUGUUUGGGGACAACCUGUUACUGAUGUUCUUGAAGAAGGACAAUUACGUAUACGUCAAACUGUUAAAAGUGAAAUGACACCACUUGUAUCAAUUUUAAUAGAAGGACCACCAAAUAGUGGUAAAACAGCAUUAGCUGCUCAUAUUGCACUUCUAUCAAAAUUUCCAUACUUGAAAUUUUGUACUGCACAAACAAUGCUUGGUUUUUCAGAGCUAGCUAAAUGUCAACAAUUAAAGAAAAUUUUUGAAGAUGCACAUAAAUCAACGUUAUCAUGUGUUGUUGUUGAUGAACUUGAAAGUUUACUUGAAUAUGCACCUGUUGGUCCACGUUAUUCGAAUAAUGUUUUACAAACAUUAAAAUUAUUAUUGAAACGUCCACCACCAAAAGGUCGUAAAUUAUUAAUUAUAGCAACAGCAACACAUCGCGACAUACUUGAACAACUCGGUUUAUUACCAUCAUUUUCGAAAGUAGUUCACUUAUCGAAUAUGAGUAGCGGUAAACAUAUACUACAUGUAUUAAAUGAGAUUGAACAUUGUUUUAAUGAUAACGAAAUGAGAAUUUUAGAAAAAAAAUUGCAUGAUAAAAAAGUAUGGAUUGGUAUCAAAUCGUUACUUGAUCAAAUUGAAGUAGCACGUCAGGCAGAUGAGAAUUCACGUGUUCUACGAUUUCUUACACAACUUGAAGAAAUAGCUGGCAUGACUUAA